CGAGAAGCCGCAGCUAACGCGUAAACCUCUCGACUUCUCCGAGCCACCGCCUGCCGCCUGGGAAAGCCGGCGUUGCUCUUGGCGGCGGCUUCGGGUGCAGCAGGGUGAAGCGGAGGCCGGGGUGGCGGGAGGCCGGCGGGGCCGGGGCGGGAGGCGAAGACUCAUGCAAUGGCCACAGAUGAUAAGAGCUCCCCGACUCUGGAGUCCGCUAGUGACCUGCCUCACUCGCCCACUAGUCCGUCUCACCUCACCCACUUCAAACCCUUGACUCCUGACCAGGAUGAGCCCCCCUUCAAGUCAGCGUACAGUUCUUUUGUAAAUCUCUUUCGUUUUAACAAAGAGAGGGGAGAAGGGGGCCAAGGAGAGCAGCCAUCUCCGAGUGCAGGUUGGUCCAGCCCUCACAUCCCUUCGAGGGCACAGUCGGUGAAGUCGCCCAUACCUUAUAAAAAGCAGCUUGACGAGGAGCUCCAGCGGCGCUCUUCAGUACUAGCAGAGAACACUUUGCCACAUCCCCAGGAGAACACAGACUCAAGAAGGAAAGUAGAACCAGCCUUUGGAGGUCAUGACCCACGUACAGCUGUUCAGCUUCGAAGCCUCAGCACAGUAUUGAAGCGCCUCAAGGAGAUCAUGGAAGGGAAGAGCCAGGACAGUGACCUGAAGCAAUACUGGAUGCCAGAUAGCCAGUGUAAAGAGUGCUAUGAUUGCAGUGAAAAAUUCACAACCUUUAGGCGCAGACACCAUUGCAGAUUGUGUGGGCAGAUUUUCUGCAGUCGUUGUUGUAAUCAAGAAAUCCCUGGAAAGUUUAUGGGCUACACAGGAGACCUCCGAGCGUGCACAUACUGUAGAAAAAUAGCCUUAAGUUAUGCUCAUUCCACAGACAGUAAUUCCAUUGGGGAAGACUUGAAUGCUCUCUCAGAUUCAACUUGCUCUGUGUCUAUACUUGAUCCAGGUGAACCUCGGACACCUGUUGGGAGUAGAAAAGCUAGUCGUAACAUAUUUUUAGAGGAUGAUUUAGCCUGGCAAAGCUUGAUUCAUCCAGACUCCUCAAAUAGUGCUCUUUCAACAAGACUUGUCUCUGUUCAAGAGGAUGCAGGGAAGUCUCCUGCUCGAAACAGAUCAGCCAGCAUUACUAAUCUGUCACUGGAUCGAUCUGGUUCUCCUAUGGUUCCUUCAUAUGAGACAUCUGUCAGUCCCCAGGCUAACCGAACCUAUGUUAGAACAGAGACUACUGAGGAUGAACGCAAAAUUCUUCUGGACAGUGUCCAGUUAAAAGAUCUGUGGAAGAAAAUCUGCCAUCACAGCAGCGGGAUGGAAUUUCAGGAUCACCGCUACUGGCUGAGAACACAUCCUAACUGCAUUGUCGGAAAGGAGUUAGUCAACUGGCUAAUCAGAAAUGGACACAUUGCUACAAGGGCACAAGCAAUAGCAAUUGGACAAGCGAUGGUUGAUGGACGUUGGCUGGACUGUGUCAGUCAUCAUGACCAGCUUUUCAGGGACGAGUAUGCUCUGUAUAGACCGUUGCAGAGUACCGAGUUUUCUGAAACACCUUCUCCAGACAGCGACUCAGUGAACUCUGUGGAAGGACACUCUGAACCAUCCUGGUUUAAAGACAUAAAAUUUGAUGAUAGUGACACAGAACAGAUUGCUGAAGAAGGCGACGAUAAUUUGGCUAAUUCUGCCAGUCCUAGCAAGCGCACCUCAGUCAGCAGUUUCCAGUCCACAGUGGACAGUGACUCAGCCGCUUCUAUCAGCCUGAACGUGGAGCUGGACAACGUGAACUUCCAUAUCAAGAAGCCCUCCAAGUACCCACAUGUGCCCCCUCACCCUGCUGACCAAAAAGAGUAUUUGGUUUCCGACACUGGAGGACAGCAGCUCUCAAUAAGCGAUGCCUUCAUCAAAGAAUCUUUGUUUAAUCGUCGAGUAGAGGAAAAAUCCAAAGAACUGCCCUUUACCCCUUUGGGCUGGCAUCAUAACAACCUGGAGCUCUUGCGGGAGGAGAAUGAGGAGAAGCAAGCCAUGGAAAGGCUGCUCUCAGCUAAUCAUAACCACAUGAUGGCACUACUCCAGCAGUUGCUUCACAACGAGUCAUUGUCAUCGUCUUGGAGGGACAUCAUUGUGUCCCUAGUCUGCCAGGUUGUUCAGACAGUCCGACCUGAUGUUAAGCACCAGGAUGAUGACAUGGAUAUCCGCCAGUUUGUCCACAUCAAGAAGAUUCCAGGUGGAAAGAAAUUUGAUUCUGUGGUUGUUAAUGGCUUUGUUUGUACCAAGAACAUUGCACAUAAAAAGAUGAAUUCUUCUAUUAAAAAUCCCAAAAUCCUUCUGUUGAAGUGUUCCAUUGAGUAUCUCUAUAGAGAAGAAACUAAGUUUACUUGCAUUGAUCCUAUUGUGCUUCAGGAAAGGGAAUUCUUGAAGAAUUAUGUUCAACGGAUAGUUGAUGUUCGACCCACAUUGGUUCUAGUUGAGAAAACAGUAUCUCGGAUUGCUCAGGACAUGUUACUGGAACAUGGCAUUACUCUAGUCAUUAAUGUAAAGUCACAAGUUUUAGAACGAAUCAGUCGAAUGACCCAAGGUGAUUUAGUGGUGUCCAUGGACCAGCUGCUCACUAAACCACACCUGGGCACUUGCCACAAAUUUUAUAUGCAGAUAUUUCAGUUACCUAAUGAACAAACCAAAACACUGAUGUUUUUUGAAGGCUGUCCACAGCACCUAGGAUGUACAAUCAAGCUAAGAGGAGGCUCCGAUUAUGAGCUGGCUCGAGUUAAAGAGAUCCUAAUAUUUAUGAUCUGUGUAGCUUAUCAUUCUCAACUAGAAAUCUCCUUUCUCAUGGAUGAGUUUGCUAUGCCUCCAACUUUAAUGCAAAGCCCUUCAUUCCAUUCUCUGUCUGAGGGCCGAGGGGAAGAAGGAGGGCCUCAGGAGCAGUACAGUGGCAGCUCCCUUCCCCAGGACUCAGAGUGCCCUCCUGACUCCCUGUCUUCUGAUGAUAGCACUUUGUUGGAAUCAAGGAUUAUGCUUGAGAAGGGUGAGCAGGACAGUAAAAGUGUUGCCCAGGCGGUUGCCUCUGUGAAACAUCAAGAUUACUCUGCACCCACUUGCCCAGCAGGUAUUCCCUGUGCUCUCUUUGCAUUGGUACCUGAAUCCUUGUUGCCUCUCCAUAUGGAUCAACAGGAUGCUAUAGGACAUGAAGAGCCGGAGACAUCGCAGCAAACAGAUGAACACCAGGAUCCCAAAAGCCAGAUAAGAGCCUUUAGAGACCCCCUACAGGAUGACACCGGGAUGUACAUUACUGAGGAAGUCAUCUCCUCUGAAGAUAAACGAAAGACUUACUCUUUGACAUUUAAACAAGAAUUAAAAGACGUGAUCCUCUGUAUCUCUCCAGUUAUUACAUUCCGGGAACCUUUCCUUUUAACUGAAAAGGGGAUGAGGUGCUCAACUCGAGAUUAUUUUCCAGAGCAGAUUUACUGGUCUCCUCUCCUCAACAAGGAGGUGAAGGAAAUGGCGCUCAGGAGGAAGAAACAGCUGCUCAGGGAUCUCUCUGGACUUCAAGGCAUGAAUGGCAGUGUUCAGGCCAAGUCUAUUCAAGUCUUACCUUCACAUGAGCUAGUGAGCACCAGGAUCGCUGAGCAUCUCGGUGAUAGCCAGAGCUUGGGCAGAAUGCUGGCUGAUUAUCGAGCUAGAGGAGGAAGAAUUCAGUCAAAACAUUUGGACCCUUUUGUCCAUUCAAAAGAUGCAUCAUGUACUUCAGGAUGCAAAUCGGGAAACAAAACUGAGAGUGAUGAAGAGAAGGGGUUGGUUCCAAGUGAUGCCUUAUGGGCGACAAAGGUGGACUGCCUGAAUCCUGCCAACCACCAGAGGCUCUGUGUCCUCUUCAGCAGCUCCUCGGCGCAGUCCAGCAAUGCUCCCAGUGCUUGUGUCAGCCCUUGGAUUGUAACAAUGGAAUUUUAUGGAAAGAAUGAUCUUACACUGGGAAUAUUUUUAGAAAGAUACUGUUUCAGGUCAUCUUACCAGUGUCCUAGCAUGUUCUGUGAUACCCCCAUGGUGCAUCACAUUCGACGCUUUGUUCAUGGCCAAGGCUGUGUGCAGAUAAUCCUAAAGGAGUUGGAUUCUCCGGUGCCUGGAUAUCAACAUACAAUUCUCACAUAUUCCUGGUGCAGAAUCUGCAAACAAGUAACACCAGUUGUUGCUCUUUCAAAUGAAUCCUGGUCUAUGUCAUUUGCAAAGUACCUUGAACUUCGGUUUUAUGGGCAUCAGUACACACGCAGAGCCAAUGCUGAGCCGUGUGGUCACUCUAUCCACCAUGAUUAUCACCAAUAUUUCUCUUAUAAUCAAAUGGUGGCAUCCUUCAGUUAUUCUCCUAUUCGUCUUCUUGAAGUGUGUGUUCCACUACCAAAAAUAUUCAUUAAACGUCAAGCCCCACUGAAAGUAUCUCUUCUCCAGGACCUCAAGGACUUUUUUCAGAAAGUUUCACAGGUAUACCAAGCUGUUGAUGAAAGACUUGCAUCCUUGAAAACGGAUACAUUUAGCAAAACAAGAGAGGAAAAAAUGGAAGAUAUUUUUGCACAAAAAGAGAUGGAGGAGGGUGAGUUCAAGAACUGGACUGAGAAGAUGCAAGCAAGGCUUAUGUCCUCCUCUGUGGAUACCCCUCAGCAGCUGCAGUCCGUCUUUGAGUCACUCAUAGCCAAGAAGCAGAGUCUCUGUGAGGUGCUGCAAGCAUGGAACAGCAGGUUGCAGGACCUUUUCCAGCAGGAAAAAGGUAGAAAGAGGCCUUCGGUUCCUCCCAGUCCUGGAAGAUUGAGACAAGGUGAAGAAAGCAAGAUAAGUGCAAUGGACACAUCUCCAAGGAAUAUUUCUCCAGGACUUCACAAUGGAGAAAAAGAGGAUCGCUUCUUGACAACCCUGUCCAGCCAGAGCUCCACAAGCUCUACCCAUCUCCAGCUGCCAACUCCUCCUGAGGCCCUGGCUGAGCAGCUAAUGGGAGGGCCCUCCGACCUCGACACAGCCAGUGGCUCUGAAGAUGUAUUUGACGGGCAUUUGCUGGGAUCCACAGACAGCCAGGUGAAGGAGAAGUCAACCAUGAAAGCCAUCUUUGCUAAUCUGCUUCCAGGAAACAGCUAUAAUCCCAUUCCAUUUCCUUUUGAUCCAGAUAAACACUAUUUAAUGUAUGAACAUGAACGGGUCCCCAUUGCUGUCUGUGAGAAAGAGCCCAGCUCCAUCAUUGCCUUUGCACUCAGUUGUAAAGAAUACCGAAAUGCCUUAGAGGAAUUGUCCAAGGCAACUCUGUGGAACAGUGCUGAAGAAGGGCUUCCAGCAAAUAGUGCUUUAGAUAACAGACCAAAGAGUAGCAGCCCUAUUAGAUUACCUGAAAUUAGUGGAGGACAGACAAACCGUACAAUAGAAGCAGAACCUCAACCAACCAAAAAAGCUUCAGGAAUGUUGUCCUUCUUCAGAGGAGCGUCAGGGAGGAGCCCUGAUCUCUCUUCUCAGAAGAGGGAGACUUUACGUGGGGCCGACAGUGCUUACUACCAGGUGGGGCAGACCGGCAAAGAGGGGACAGAGAGCCAAGGCGGGGAGCCUCCAGAUGAAGUAGAUGGAGGAGACACACAGAAAAAACAACUCACAAAUCCUCAUGUGGAACUUCAAUUUUCGGAUGCAAAUGCCAAGUUUUACUGUCGGCUGUACUACGCGGGAGAGUUUCAUAAGAUGCGGGAGGUGGUUCUGGGGAGCAGUGAGGAAGAUUUUAUCCGCUCCCUUUCUCACUCCUCACCCUGGCAGGCCCGGGGAGGCAAGUCAGGAGCUGCAUUCUAUGCCACGGAAGAUGAUAGAUUCAUUCUGAAGCAGAUGCCUCGUCUGGAAGUUCAGUCUUUCCUGGACUUUGCGCCACACUACUUCAACUACAUCACAAAUGCUGUCCAGCAAAAGAGGCCUACUGCUUUGGCCAAAAUUCUUGGAGUUUACAGAAUUGGUUAUAAGAACUCUCAAAACAACACUGAGAAGAAGUUAGAUCUCCUUGUCAUGGAAAAUCUUUUCUAUGGGAGAAAGAUGGCACAGGUUUUUGAUUUGAAAGGUUCACUUAGGAAUCGAAAUGUAAAAACUGACACUGGGAAAGAGAGUUGUGAUGUAGUUCUGCUGGAUGAAAACCUCCUAAAGAUGGUUCGUGACAACCCUCUGUAUAUUCGUUCCCAUUCCAAAUCUGUGCUGAGAACCUCCAUCCAUAGUGACGCCCAUUUCCUUUCAAGCCACCUCAUUAUAGACUACUCUUUGCUGGUUGGUCGAGAUGACACUAGCAAUGAGCUGGUAGUUGGAAUCAUAGAUUAUAUUCGAACAUUUACAUGGGACAAAAAGCUUGAGAUGGUUGUGAAGUCAACAGGAAUUUUAGGAGGACAAGGUAAAAUGCCAACUGUGGUCUCUCCAGAGUUGUAUAGGACUAGAUUUUGUGAAGCAAUGGACAAAUAUUUCCUGAUGGUGCCGGACCACUGGACAGGGUUGGAUCUGAAUUGCUGAAAUUCUGCAGAUGAUUUGAAGUAGACUGUGAAGGAACGUGGAUCUGAGCAAGAGACCCAGCUGUAUGACAUGUUUAUUUCUUUGUCUCAUCUAUCACUGAACACAAAGACCUUUCAGUUCUGUGAUUGCCCAUAGACUUUCUUUAGACUGUUGAUAACUGCAGGGUAAAAGCUCCGUGAAUUGUACUUUGCUUCUUCUGUUACUUGAAAUUAGCUGCCUGUAAAGAGGGAAAAACAAAGUUAAAUAAGGUUCUCCAGGGGCUGUGAUUGGAGAUGCGUGUGGAGGGGAAGAAAUCGAGUUGUCAUGUUUACUAACUCAAUUGCUUAAAGAAUAAAGCUCUGUCUGGUAGACUGUGACUAUCGUCUGGUAGAUUGCAGCUGUCUGAUAGACUGACUGUCUGGUAGACCUUGACUAUCUGAUCGAUUGCAGCUGUCUGGUAGACUGUAACUGUCUGGUAGACCUUGACUAU